UCUACACCAUUUCGUCCACAUCGACCAUGUCGAUCCGUGCCAUUCCGUCCCGACCCUUCGUUCCCGUCCGCUAGCGCUCCUCUUCGCUCAGUCCUUGGACUCUGGUCUGAUUUGAAAGACCCAGACUCUGACCUCGGCAGAUGCCCCGUGGGAUGGGAUCAACACCAACCCACUGAAUACGAGGUUUGUGGACUCAUCAGAGUCGCCGACACCGCGUUCAUCGCAUCCUGA